AGCUCCCGUUUACUAAAGAAAAAAAUACUCUCUCCGUCCGGAAAUGUAAUUUGAUAGUGUAAACAAUGGUCUUAUAUUUUAGGACGGACGGAGUACUAUAUAGACAAAUCACUAAGCUAUGGAUUCAAGAAAACUAAAAAAAAACACUUCCCUCGAAAAAUGAAGAAAAAGAAUAAAAACGCUAGGCAAAAUAUGAUCAACAUUAUCAGAAAAGCCCCUGAGAUUAUCUGGAAGGUAGCAGGCUACCAGUUUUUGUCCUCGAGUCUUUUCUUAUGCAACACAACUCCAGACUUUAUUCACAGACACCCUUGGAACGUCACGAAUUUGAAAAGCCCAUACCCUUCCCUCCCCAAAUCAUCGCACACGAAACCGAAGGAUCCGGCAGUUGACUCCUCCCCCAAUCAGGCCAGCCGGACGCUCCACGCCGGCCGCCAUGGGCUCCACAGCGACCGGACCCGAGCUCGCGGCGUCCCACGACGACGAGGAGGCGGCUCCCCUCGUCUCCGCCGCCGGAGACGGCCGCCGCGGCGCAGGCACAGCGUCGCAGACCCGCGACCUCCACCUCCUCAGCCUGGCCUUCUUCUUCGUCUUCCUCGCCUACCACGCCGCCCAGAACCUCCAGAGCACCGUCAACACGGACGGCAAUUUGGGGUCGAUAUCGCUGGGCUUGCUGUACACGUCGUUCACGGCGUUCUCGGUGGUGGGUUCGCCGGUGGUGCGGGGGAUGGGGUCCAGCCGGGCGCUCGUGCUCGGCACCUCCGGCUACCUCCUCUUCAUCGCCGCCAACCUCGCCCCCUCCUGGUAUACAAUGGUACCAGCUUCACUGUACCUGGGUUUUACCGCAUCAAUCAUUUGGGUUGGGCAGGGCACAUAUCUUACUUCUGCUGCCCUCAGUCAUGCAAGGGACAACAGUUUGCCCGACGGUCCAACUUUAGGAAGCUUUAAUGGAGAAUUCUGGGGUGUGUUCGCUAGCACACAGGUCAUUGGGAAUUUGAUCUCACUUGCUCUACUGAGAAAUGGAAAGGAUGGAGGAAGUAUAACAGGAAAAAAUCUGCUGUUUGUUGUGUUCCUUGGCUGCAUGAUUAUCGGCAUUGUAUUGAUGUGUUUACUGUCCAAAAGGGAUGAGAAACGAGAUAAUGCUUCGACACACUCCUCAUUUGGAGCUAUGUUGAAGUAUAUUGUUGCCCCUCUCAAGGACCGAAGGAUGAUUCUUCUGAUCCCUCUUAUCGCAUAUUCAGGUUUACAACAGGCGUUUGUUUGGGCUGUAUUCACAAAGAGUAUUGUGACACCUGUGCUUGGCAUAUCUGGAGUCGGUGGCGCCAUGGCAAUUUAUGGCGCAUCUGAUGUAGUUUGUUCAUUGGUUGCUGGACGUUUUACCUCUGGGCUUCAUUCAGCUACAUUUAUAGUGUCAGUUGGAGCUAUUGUUCAGGCUGUGGUCCUGUUCUGGUUGCUUCUUUUUUACAGUCCAGUGGAGGGACUACUUGGUGCAGCGAUUCCACUAUUUAUAGGUGCCUUAUGGGGUGUUGGUGACGGAGUCUUGAACACACAGUUAAGCGCAUUACUUGGGUUGCUGUUCGAGGAUGUCAAGGAAGCAGCUUUUGCACAGUUGAAGGUUUGGCAAUCAGGUGCCAUUGCAGUCAUCUUCUUCUUGAGCCCAAGCAUCACACUACAAGCAAUGCUUAUCUUGAUGGCCGCGUCACUCGUCGUCUCCUUUGGCUUGUUCCUGUUACUUACCCUUGUUGUCGAGAAGCCAUCAAGCAUCAGAGCGUGAGGCAAAUCCUAUUUCGGUGUGCAGACAGUGUCGUCGUCACCACAUGGUUAGCGACCAACAGCAUGUACAACCACACUGUUGUAUUGACCAGUGAUAUGAAACUGAGAAGGAAGAGCAUCAUCAUCCAUCACGACGCGACGCCAUGGCAACGUGCACAUCAUGCUAUUCAUGGCAGACAUUGUUUGCUGGAGGUCUGAAGUGAAGAGGUUGCAGGCAAAAUGUGGGAAGUGAGAGUCGGCCUUGCAUUUGGUUUCCUGCCACUUUUCAAUCUCCUGUUAUUGCCUAUGACUGUGUCUUGUCACAGGAAUCACAUACUCCAUUAUAAUUAUAAUUUAUAAAGAGGCAACAUUUCAUUCAAA